UGGCCGGAGCGACCACCCCGAUGCGCGCUGCGCUUGGCGCGAAGGGCGCGCGACCCGCCCGGGCAUGUUCCGCCUGGAGCGAUCGGUCGCGCCCGUCUUCCAGCCAGGGGCUACUUUGAGACCCGAAAGGGGUGCGAGGGGAUUCCCAUCGCCGCUGCCUUUAGGGCGGGCUGACCGACUUCCAUCCGUCCAUUCUUCCGUGGACAGGAGCCGUCUCCCCCUAAUGCAAAGCUGUAAACAACCGGACCGGUGGCGAGGCGAGUAGUAACGCUGCAAUAAAAGUAGUUCCUCUUCCAUCGCCCCUCCACCCCCCGGUCUUCCUUCAAGGUCCGUGCCCUGAGAAAGCCCACUGGUAGCUUCGUCCUCGCUCAAGGAGCGUAGCGGCGGCUCAAGGCACCCACUUGUGGCGUAGGUCUCUUCGGUUUGGCCCCAGCCCCGAGUCCUGCCCGGGUUUCCUCGGAGGGAGUGCCAGUCAGGAUUUUGUAGCAACUGUUUACAAACCAUGCCUCUCUGUGUCCAGUGCCUCAGCUAAUAAAGUUUUUAUGCACUUUAAUCUUCUACCUGCACCCUAACCUUUGGCUGGUACGUUGUGAAGUGGUACCUCAUCUUGGGUGCAAGCAAGUGCUAGCCAGAGUCUUGUCAUUGCCUUAGUAAUGUUCCAGAGGCUGAAUAAUAUGUUUGUGGGAGAACUCAGUAAUUUGCCCAGCCAAGAACCAGAAUUCAGUGAGAAAGAAGAGGAGGAGUGGAUUCUGGUAGACUUUAUCGAUUCCUGUUCAAACUUCUCUACUGUUGAUGAAGAGGAGGAGGAAGUAGAUAACAUCUGCAAACCACCUCCUGAUGACCACUCACCAAUCUUCUCUUGUCUGCCUGAUUCCUUGGAGUGUUUGGCAGAUGCCAGUGAAUCCUGCUUCAUCCAGUUAGACCCGUGCCCCAUGGAGGAAAGCUGGUUCAUCACUCCACCCCCAUGUUUUACAGCAGGUGGUUUAACCACUCUCAAAGUAGAAACCAGCCCAUUGGAAAAUCUGCUAAUUGAACAUCCCAGCAUGUCUGUAUAUGCAAUCCAUAAUAUCUGCCAUAACCUCAACAAGAACAAUUGUGAUGAAAAAGAAGAGCAAGAGGAGGAGGCAGUAGAGCUCCAUGAGGAAAGCAGUCAUAGAUCAGAAGCCCAAAGCAACGUGGGCCAACACGUUCAAUGCUACAUUGCUGCACUUGCUGCUCAUUCAACCUUUCUUGAACAAAAUACCAAGAGUUUUCGUCCUUCCCAGUGGAUAAAAGAGUUCAGUGAAAGGCAAUCGCUGAACAGAAACUGUCUCCGUCGCCAGAAUCUCACCAGGGAUCCCUACACACGGCAACUCAAGAACAGUGGAUUUUUUGUUCACCAGCCUUGCCAGCGUCAGUAUAAUUACUGAGAGUGGUUUGCAUUUUUUCCCCCAGAAAUAAUACUGGUUAAUUGUUGUGAGACAGUGAAGGUGAGAACUGUCUUAGGUGGUCAUGAGUUGUUUUUACAUAAUCACUGAGUGUUACCGUUCAGUUGAAAACCACCUUGACUUCAGUGUCACAGAAUGCCUUUACAAUAUUUUGUUUGUAGCUGGUAAACAUAUAUGUACAGUAACUUUUGUAUGAUUGUGCCUCUCUCCCUCCCUGUAACAGACUUUAGAAACUGUUAGGUAUGGAUGGGUUUGUUUGAUUUUUAUAUUAGUAUUUUCAACCAAGAUAUAAGGCAACUUUCAGCCACCUUGUAGUAACAGAAUUUCUCAGGGUCACCCAUACACUUGCAAAGAUCUGUGUAUACUGCAUAUCGUCUUUUAAAAUAUUAACAUAACCAUUAAAAUGCAGUUGCCUGGAUGGCAUUAUAUUCCUAAUAUGGAAUUAAUUUUCUAUGUAGCAGUAGAAGGAGGGGAAACAAGAAAAACGUGUAACCUAAUAUCUUUCUAUAUAGCCUUCACAAUCUCUGGUUUAGUGUGGUUUACCCAGUUUCCUGUGCAAAGGAGGUCUUUUGUAGAAUGUAGUAGACCUACAAGUAAAGAUCUGUGCAAACCAGCUUUUGAAUAUGUGUUCCAGUCAUCCUACUCUUGUAUAAUUAAAUGAGGGGAAUUGUAGUCCAAUAUAUCUGGCAUCCAGUUUGGGGAAGGCUGCUCUGAAGGACAAUAGUAAACUUUUAAUAAAAGCAGUGAUAAGCCAUGUUGAUCCUAAGGGGGAAAAUCCAAAACUAUAACUAGGUGAUAGUUAAGGACCAUUGAAAAUAACCAGAAGUUUUCUAGAACUCUUAAGCAAGCAAGAAGCUAUAAAAAACUGAGGAUAGCGAAGAAGUAAGGAAGUUCCAAAAUUAGGCCAGAUGUUUCAACCUUGAGCUUGAAGUCUGCCUCAAGAUGGCGAUAGAUUGAAUAUUGAUAGAUUCAGUCUUGAAUUUUUGCUGGUUUCAUAUUACACCUGAUCUGCAGGGACAAAGGAAAUGAUAUACACCCCCAGGUAUAAAAAUACAAAGAUUAUUAGUUUAUCCUUUGCCAUGGGGCAAAGAGCAGAUAUAAUGAUACAUUCGUUCUUACUGUCAACAAAGCUAGAGAGUAAUUUUUCUUGGUGCACUGGUCUAAAGUUAAUUAAGCCAAACAGUGUAAUAUUACCUGGUGACUAUUUUACUACACAGCAUUUAAUCAAAGGUUCUAGAAACCUGUUGAGGUUAAUAGGGUUGAAAUGAAUAAAUCUUCUGCCCUAGUUUGUUUCAAUGAUUACACACGUGAGUGUUGCAUUUUUCAAAAUUCUCUCUUGCUAAAAUAAUCAGGGUAUAAGGUGCAAAAUGCCUUUUCCUUCAGGUUUUAUUAAUUGUGGUUUUGCCUGUACUGGGCCAAAAGCUACACCUCCAACCUUGAACUGAUUUAUUAGCAUGAUUUGCCACCUUUCAGUCCAUUAGAAUCAACCCAAACCAGAUUGAUGAAAGUUAGAGUAUUUGGGUAAAAAAAAAAAACUGAAAUUCACAGCUGCCUUCUCAAAAUAUACUAUGGGAAUAAAGUUUAUAAAAGGAAUGGAUAUUUGCCUAAGUAGAGAUCUGAAAUUCCUCCAGCUGUUGUUUCCUAGACAAUCCAACUUUGUGACUGUGUAGCUGUGUAUCCCUUGCUUAAUUUGAAAUUGUAUAAGCUUAACUAACUUUUCCUUGAUAUUCUGAAAAAAAAAAGUUCAUGCUUUUAUACAAACACUAAUUGUUAAAUAUGCCAAAAGGAGAGUCCAAAGAAUUUACAAGCAAUUUAAAGUCAUCUGUGGCAAAGAUAAGUAGCUUUUUGUUUGUUUUCUGGCUGUACCCACAUUGUUUUGGAUAAAUAUUUGAGUCUGCUAUUCGGCUUUCAGGAUUCAGGAAAGACGUUUCUCUGUUGAAUUUCUGUGAUUUGGGUCUCCAAUCCUGUUGCUCAGUUUUUAAAAACUGCAAAUGCAUUACUUGUUACAGUAGUCACUCAGGACCUUUCAUCUGUCAAAUCCAUAGCACCAUCAAUGUAUUUUUUAAAAAAAACUCAGGAAACCCUAUCAUGUUUGGCUUAGAUUUUAAAUUAAGUGAAAUAACGUACUGUACCAGCAAGUAACUCUUAGCCAUCUUCAUCUCUUCCUCCAAGAAACAAUUGUAUUUUCACUGUCUACUUUUAGGAAUUUUAAAAUGAAGGCCACAUUUAUUUCUGUAUUCCUGAUUUAGCAAGGAUUUGAAGUUAGGACUUCUAAUUGAGAGGGACCGUUGCUCUCUUUACUGGAUAACUUGCUAGUGACGGGGAGAAAAACAGAAGUAUGUCCUCGUCAGUUUUUAACAUUGGAAAUAAUGCUAUUGUGAGAGGAAUUUUUACACAUAAAACUUUAAGCCUGACUCAUAUCAUGCAUAUUUAUAUAGCUUGUUCUAUUAUGUGCCUGAAACUAUUAGACUAUUAGAUUUGAUGCUUUUCAAAUCAUGUGUGUUUUGUGGCUAGGAUUUUUAUAUAUCUGUAUAUUUUCUUUUCCACAAAAAACAAAUGUAACAAG